AUGUCCUGUAUACACUACAAGUUUAAAAGUAGUCUUGACUACAAUUCUGUGACCUUUGAUGGCAUGCACAUGUCUUUGGGGGAUCUUAAGAAGGCCAUAAGUCUACAGAAACGAUUAAAACCAGGCGAAUUUGAUUUGGAAAUUACAAAUGCGCAGACUGGCGAUGUAUACAAGAAAAAUGAUGAACUAAUAGCAAAAAAUACAUCCGUGAUUGUGUCCAGAGUUCCAGUGAAUAAAACCACAGCUAGCAGUACACAGAAGUCAUGGGAGGCGUUCAAGCAAGAAUGUGCAAAAGUACCCCAAAAAAACACAGUGGAAAAACUUUUGUUACAUCACGUUCCACAUACACAGCAGACAUCAGAAAUAGACAAAAUCAAAGCAGUUAUUAACCAGUCCACAAUAGGUUUUGAACCAUCAAAUUUUGUGGGGAAGUAUCAGCAGACCAUACCAUAUGAUCAUUAUGUCUGCAAACGAUGUAACCAGAGGGGUCACUUUGUGACCAACUGUCCAAACAGCAAUCCAGAAGAUCGCUACAAUGAACCAAGAAUAAAGCGCACCACAGGGAUACCUAGCACUAUGUUGACCAUUGUUGAUGACCCCAUGCAUCCAGGAGCACUACUGACCCACGGUGGUCAGUUUGCUGUACCCACCGUCGAUGUGCAGGGUUAUAGAGAAGUAAAGAAAGAGCGCCCACCUUUCCUGCCAUUUGAGAAAAAUAAGGAGCCUGAGAAGAAGAAAAUUCCACAGGAACUGCUGUGUCACAUCUGUGAAGAUUUGUGUGUGGAUGCUGCCAUAGCUCCUUGUUGUGGAACCAGCUUUUGUGAUGAAUGUUUGAGAGAAGUUUUGCUGGAAAGUGAUGACCACAUGUGCCCUUCUUGUAAGGAAACAAAUGUUUCACCAGACAAGAUAGUGCCCAAUCGUUCCACCAGAUUGGCAGUGACAAACUUCCUCAACGAUACAGGCUAUACAAAGGUUAAAAAACGGCGCUUGAGUUCUCACAAUGGGGAUAGUUCGCCACAGACACCACCAGCAUCAAAUCAGCCAACAUCCCCAAUGAAACCUUCAUUCCAGCCCGGCUCAAGCUCUGGUUCGCACGGUAUUACGUCAUCAGCAUUCACAGACAGAGACAUUCUGAAUCAGCCACAUGUACCAGUUAGCAACACCUCAGCACACUCCUUUCCUCCAAACACAACACAGGAGCAAACAGGCCAAUUUCAACCCCAGUAUAAUUAUUCAAGACCACCUAGGCUAGACCACAACCGGUACAACCGAAAUUGGAGACACCACUCUGGCAGUCAACCAAGUGCUAUCAGUACGAUAUCUCGCAGAAAUGAUGAUGAUAUGCACUACAAUAGAUCUUACGGAGAUAAGUCAUCACAUAAUGCAGGUGGAUAUUCUGCUUCAUCCACAAACUUUAACAGAGAGAGAUCUUCAGGGAUGCCAGCUACAUCUGGAGCUGCACCUGUGUUGAAUGCAGCCGGCCAGGCAGAGUCUCUGUCAUCUGUAGCCCAAGCAGUUUGGCCGAUUAUGACAUCUUCACUGCUGAAAUCCAUGGCAGUGCCAUUCAGCAAUUCUAUUCCGCCGCUGACUACAGUCUUGAAUGUUAGGCCGCCACCACUUGGAAUCCAGACUCCAGCACAAGCAUUCUUGAGUGGAUUUCCUCAUGCUUUCCAAGGACAUCGACCACCCCUGCCAUCUAUGCCUGCUGCAAUCCAGACAGUACCAGUUCCGAUGUCCAGGGAGGAGUUUUACGAGGCCAAGAAGAAAAAGCCUGUGGAUGUGUUUGAAUCCUUUGCUGAUCUCACCAAACGAAGAAGUCGUACUCCUGAAAGACGGAGGAGCUAUUCCAGGUCACGUUCCGGAUCAUGGAGCAAACGAAGCAAUCGUGCCUCUAGUUUAUCUCCUGGCAAACGCCGCAGUCGGUCUGUGACUGCUCGGAGGUUUACCUCACGAUCUCGCUCUAUAAGUCGUCAGCGAUCUCAGAACAGAUCCAGGUCAAAGUCACCCUUGCGGUCCCAGAACCGGUCACGGUCCAGAUCAGGUCCAAGAGCAGCUAACAGGUCACGGUCCAGGUCAGGCCCAAGAGCUGUCAAUAGGUCACGAUCCAGAUCAGGCCCUCGAGCUGUCAAAAGGUCUCGAUCCAGAUCAGGCCCACGAGCCGACAAGAGGUCACGAUCCAGAUCAGGUCCUAGACCAGUCAACAGGUCACGAUCCAGGUCAGGCCCACGAGCUGACAAGAGGUCACGAUCCAGAUCAGGCCCACGAGCUGACAAGAGGUCACGAUCCAGAUCAGGCCCACGAGCUGUCAAAAGGUCACGAUCCAGAUCCGGUCCUAGACCAGUCAAUAGGUCACGAUCCAGAUCCGGUCCUAGACCAGUCAAUAGGUCACGAUCCAGAUCAGGUCCAAGAGCAACAAACAGGUCACGUUCUAGAUCAGGUCCCAGAGUCACAAAAAGAUCGCGCUCUAGGUCACGUCCAAAGAGGUCACGUUCCAGAUCUGGUCCAAGACCAGUAAAUAGGUCACGCUCUAGAUCUGGCGCCAGGUCCACAGUUAAGUCACGCUCUAGAUCUUUUGAGUCUUCAAGAUUGCCUCGACUUCCACCACAAACCCAAUCUUUAACCAGAAUAUCAAAAUCAAGAUCCCGAUCUGCCCCCAGGAACAUAAAGGCCUUGUCCCCAAAACCCCGGCCUUCUCUUUCACCACUUCGAAGGUCACCAAAGUUACCACUUCCACCACUGCGUUCCCGCUCUCGGUCAUUUGGCCGGUCACCAAGAUCUAGGUCCAAGUCAUGGAGCAAAAGAGCCAGAUCCAGAUCUUACUCCAGACCCAGGUCUCCUCGAUCCUUGUACAAGUCACCAAGGAGAUCACCCCGGUGGUCACCAUAUCGAUCUCCACCUCGAAAACGCUCUUUCUCUCCCAGAAGACGAUCCCGUUCAUUGAGUCCACGCAAAAAGUCAUUUCGGUCCAGGACAAGAUCACCAUUCUAUAAAGGGAGGUUUUCCAAAUCCAGAAGCAGAUCUAUCACCAGAAAGCGAUCUUUUUCACCCAAGCUAUCACCACGCCGCUCCAAGAGUCCCUACAGGAUGCCCCUGUCCCCAGCACCAUUGAAAAGACAAUCACCACCACCAUUUAGAGGGCGAGGUGGCUACAGAGGCAGAGGCAGAGGAGGAUUUGGGUUCAGAGAUAACAAAUUUCGAAACAACCGAAGUCCACCGAGGAUUCCAAUUGCAACAGGACCUAACAUCCCAUUCUCAGCCGACAAUCUGCCUCCGGUACCUUACUUUCCACAGAUGGGGCUGCCACCACCCGAAGAAUACUUCAAAUACAAUCCUGAUGGGUAUCAAGAGUUUGUCAGAGGCUUUUAUGCUCAGUUUGGCCCCCAGGCACAGGCUUGGGCUCAGAGUCAGAGCUUUCCAUUACCUACAGCUGACAGAUUUCUGCCAAACAGCUCAGUCCCUAAUGCUGCAGUAUCUUCUCACCCGAGGCCAGCAUGGGAACCUGUCCCAAUGUCACCUUCUCAGAGGCCACGUUCUCUCACCCCACCUGGUGGAGGACAGCCUCGGGACAGGAGAGAUCAAGUUGUUAAUAAAGACAGAGACGUGCAUAGUACCAGACACUGGGAAAAGGACAGAGAGCGAGAGAAGCCAGAUCAAGAGAGAGAGAGGGUUAGGGACAGACGAUUUGAAAGGGGAAGGGGUAAUGAUCGGUAUCGAAACAGAAAUGCAGACAGAGAUCGUGGCAGAGAUGAGGACAGAUACAGGGGCAGAGAUAGUCAAAGAGAAAGGGAUUUUCAAAGAGAAACUGAGCAUUCUAGAAAUAAUGAGAGAUCCUCGGAGAGGAGGAGAAGUCCCCCUAGGAAGUCAAAGGAAGAGGAUAAAUCUAAGGAUAAAGGAAGAAAGAAAUCUGAGAAGAAUAAGGAAGAAAAGGAGGUUAAGAAAGUCAGAAAAGUUGAGGUGAGGCCAAAGAAGGAAAAUGCAGAUGUGAAAGAUAGCAUCUUGUCAAAAACCAGUCCAGUCAGUGAUAAAGAUUUGGAAUCGCCAAAAACAGAGGAAAAACCAUCGCAAGACUCACUACAGACGCAGAAGGAGCAGGCAGAAAUACCACAGAACAAUAACAAUGUGGUGAAUAAAAGUGAAGCAGAAUCCAAACCUGCACCUGAGGCUAAUGUGAAAGUCAGUAAACCAGCUGCAAAAGAAAAGAAAACUGUCAAGAAGAAGGGUGAUGGUGUGGGCGGUAAAAAGAAAAUAAAGGAGGCUUCUACAGAGGAAGGCGGUGAAAAGAAGGUAAAGAAAACCAAGAAGAAAAAACUGACUUUUGGAGCUUCCGAUGUAGAUACCAAACAAGGCCUCAAGAAAAAGAAGCUGAAACGACUGGUAGAUUACAAGUCGGAGAACUGCACUUCGGAAGAUGGGGAAGAGAAAGCAUCACUUGGUGGUAGCCCACUGAAAAAGGUUAAACUUGCUGACGUUAGUGAGGUGAAAGAGGAAGCAGAGGAAGCUGUCAAUCAAGAAAAAGGGGAUGAUUCUCAUAUAUCAAUAUCUGAACCCACCUGUGAAGUCAGCACAGAAAUCCACCCUGCACAGGCAGCAGCAGGAGGUGCCACCAUUGAACAUGAAAUAAAAGCAGCUGCACCUGAACCUACUGUUAAAGCUACAGAAGAAAGUGUGCCAGAUAAGCUCAUCCCUGAGCUUCCAGAGCUGUCCAAGUGGGAGAGAGAGGACUUUGAUUACUUUGAUUCGGUGGAGCAUGUCAAGGAAAAGCCUCAGGAGAAAGUCAUGUUACCAAGAUCUGUGGUCGACAAGGCAGAGAAGUUUUUGACCCACAAGCCUAUGAGAAAUGCUGUGAUUGCCACCCACGUGACCACCUCCAGCAGGUCGCCGGAGACGGCAGCAGAAAAACAGGCAGCGGAGCACCGCCCUUCAUCCCCACAAUCAAAAUCAUCACGCCGAGUGUUCAUUGAUCACAGACGAGAUAGCAGAGACAAAAAGCAAGACCUGCAUAUCACUGUUAAAACUGACAAACGCAAGGAGUUCACAGACAAACGAGGACCCACGGCUUCUAAAGGUGAAGAUCAUCCCCGCUAUCAUCACCACCAUGAGAGGGAUGACUACGGAGAAGAUCAACGUUCUGUGGUCAAAUCCUGCUCUCUCGAACGAGAACUGCACGAUAGCAAAACUUUGUCAAGAGUUUCUAAAGAUAAAGAAGGAAAUUCUAGGAGAGAGAGACCAUCGCAUGACAGCAGUCAAAAACAAGAUUCCUCAAGGAGGGAUAAUAAGUAUGAGACAUUAAAAGAUAGGCGCAGAGACAAAUCACCAGAUCCUAGAGAAAGAAAACACGACAGAGAAAACAGUGCUGCAAGCCACCCAGAUACAUCAAAGUCUUCAAAAGAUUUGCGACAUAAGCUGGAUGAGAAGAGCAAGACAAAGUCUGCAGUUGAUCAUCGCAAGCUGUCUGUCAUGGAUGAAUCCGAGUUUGUACCGGAUUACGAAGAUCUUGCUCCUGAAGGCAACAAUGACAAUGAGCGUGACGAUGCCACGGCUUCUCAGAACUCUGAAGCCUCGUCACCUGAACAGAAAGACAAGAAAAAGAAUAGAGACAAUGAAGACAAUGAGAAAGAAGGUGAAAGCAAACCUGAUUCAGAUGAUCCUGGCAAAAAGAAGUCCAAGAAGAAACACAAGCAUAAGGAAAAGAAAGAAAAACAUAAGCAUAAGAAGAAGAAGCACAAACAUAAGAAAGACAAGGAAGGUAAACAGAAGACAAAGCCUGGGGAGAACUCACCAUAG